AUGUUCAUGGAGCAGAAGAGAGACCAGAAACCUCACAUCAAAGACGUGCGUAUCAAGGUUUGGGAAGAGACCAAAGGCAUCUCAGGAAGGCUGGCACGUCCGCCAAAAUGCGAAAAGCACAUCCUACGCCCGGACCAGGCACUGCCGCAGAGGUACAAAGACACAGAGAUCCGAGUGAAAAAAGAGGACACUAUAAUGGCUGCGCGCCAGUUGCAGCAGGAAGGCUUCAGACCUAUGGUCCUGAACCUCGCAGAUGACUGUUUUGCAGGAGGCUGUGUUGACAUAGGGGCGUCCGCUCAGGAAGAGUCGCUGUUUCGGAGGACAAACUAUUGCAUGAGCCUGCACAACGAUCCAACGCGAGAACGUCUUUACCCAAUAGCUGCAAACGAGGCAAUCUACUCUCCGGACGUCACCGUGUUCCGGGCAAGUGAAGAAGCGGAGUACAAAUUUCUCGCGCGACCGUUCAAGCUGGACUUCAUUGCUUGCCCCGGCCUCAAGUACCCGCAACUCGAGUUUGCGUCAGGAGACGGUAGAGACAGCGGUCAUCUGUCCGAGGCCGACAGAAGGAUCCUUGAGAAUAAGCCCGCGCAACGGUCCGAAGAAUGGUACGCAGCACGCCACCAAAGGCUCACGGCUUCCGAUGCCGCAACUGCACUCGGGCUGAAUCCGUAUGAGACAAAGGAUCAACUCAUUCUCAAAAAGUGUGGAUAUGGACCAAAGUUCAUGGGGAAUGAGGCCACACGCCAUGGCCAAAAGUGGGAGACAUUCGCAUCAGACCUCUUUUGUGAGCGGCACGGCUUCAAGGCGUACGACGCCGGCCUCCUGCUGCACCCGACGAUACCAUUCCUUGGGGGCUCGCCCGACGGGCUGCUCUCUACCGAAGACGGGUCGCGGUGCGCGCUCCUGGAGAUCAAGUGCCCGCUUCGCAGGGAGAUCAAGGACGAGGUUCCUUCAUACUAUUACCCACAAAUUCAGUUAUGCCUUGAGAUCUGCGAUGUCGACAGCUGCUGGUUCGUGCAGUUCAAGCCGGAAUCGCUGAUCGACGACGAGGUUUUCAGCUGCAUCGAGGUCCCCCGAGACCGCGAGUGGUUCGCAAAGGCCCUGCCGCAGUUUGACGCCUUCUGGAAGGAGGUUCUCCACUGCCGCGAGCACGGGGUCGCUGAGGUGCUCGCCCGCAUCGAGUCGAGGAAGCGCCCCCGGGUGCCACGAGCUGCAACCCUGCGUGUUGCAGUGCUUGACGACGAGCCAGCAGCAAAGCCGGAACCGGAGGCGUGCAUGAUCACCGUCCACCCCAGGCAGCGGACCGCAGCGGCACGUGAGCAAGCGGAGGAGCCUUGCAUGAUUGUCGUGCCACCCAAGAAGCGCAUUGCAGGCACUUUGGAACAGCCAAGGGAGCCCUGCAUGAUCGUGGUCCAUCCUAGGAAGCCCACCGUGGAGACGUCCGAGCAGUGCAUGAUCGUCCCCCGCCCCGGGAAGCAAGCACCUGAGCCCGUUGUUCGGGAGCAGGGAGCCGUGCAUGAUUGUUGUCCGCCCCAGGAAGCAAGCACCGGAGCCCUGCAAGACUGUUGUCAAGGAGCAGGAGUCGUGCAUGAUUGUCGUUCGCCCCAGGAGAUUGAUUGCAGGGGCUUCAUAGCCUUGCUACGCAGUCUUAGGCAAGCUCUCAAAGUGUCUGAUCAUGUACGUGGUGAGUCCAAGGUUGAGGAACGUGAGGAUGCCAACUACAAGCAGGAUCGAGAGACUGAUGUGUAUGUAAGGAACAAUCUCCUGCACGAGUGGAGCCGCCAAGGUGGCCCUGAGCUUUCGCUUGUUCUCCUCAACUGCCAGCUCCUUUGCGAAUAUGUCCAGGAGCUCCCUUAUGAACGACUGCAGCAUGCCUGUCUACCCAUAGCUUAG